UCCUCUUUGAAGAGCAAACUACCUACUAUAUAUACAGUACCUGCUAACCUGCUAACCUGCUAACCUACACACAAUCUUGGCCAUGGCGGAGGAAACACAUCUACGGCGAAGUGCUUGUCCAGCAUAAUUUGUUCGCUGGAACAGUAGAAGCCCCGUCCCAUCCUUGCGACUCCUUGGCUCCUGCGACAACCGACUCCCAGUUGAGCACGACGCAGCCCUGAUCCCUGCGGCGCCCGAGAUGGUCGACAUCAUCAUGGGCCCGACAUGUCUGAGGUGGAUGAGUCCGAGGACGAUGUGAGCAUGACGGACGUGGGCAUGACGGAUGCGCCAGACCUUGUUGAGACGAUUGAGACGGACCAAACCGAACUGAGUUAUAUGGGGUUGAUUUACGGACUUGUCCCGGAGUUCGUGGUUGACAUGCACCACCUCAUCCCACAUCCCAAGACGUACCGGGCCAUCCUCGUCCUUCUUGGUACACCAUCGUUGUACCACCCGAUUCAAUACCAUCAACGAGUCAUGAUGGCCAACUCACGGCCCCGGGGCUGGCUGCCGUGCCGAAUGCCAAAGCAAGCCUCCGAAUCAAGCCCUCGGAACUCAUUCUGGCCUAACGUUAGGCAAUACCUCAAAUCCAGCUUCCCGAACUGGGCGUCUCCGACCCCAUGUGCACGCUGUGCACGCAGCCCAUGCACAUCCCACACCUGUCCCUUUACCUCAACAAAUGGGGUAGCAAUGCCGUCGACGCCCCCCUUUUUGUUUCGGCGGCAGAGACCCUUCCCGGACAACAAAGAGCACUAUGACUAUGUCGUGCUCGAAGCGACGGCUUAUCUUUACCUCCGAGGCUUCGAAUCCCGGGAUGACUACGUGGCCAGAACAACGGUCAGAUCGGGGGCCAGAACGGUGGGGGGCAGCAGGGGAGGGGAAAGGGGGAAAAGAAACAAGAACCGGAACUCUGAUGACCUCCGGUCUUUGAAGCAGCUUUGACUGGGGGAGGGAAGGAAGGAAUCAAAAACAGCGACGGAUUCUACCAGGGAUGGACAUGGACAUCGAAGAUCCUCCUAGCGCUCCUGCAGGCUUCGGUGGUGCAAAUCCGUGGCGCUGGGGGCGUACGAAUUGCUUGACGGGAUUCCUGACAUGACCGUCUCACCGGUCAAAUGGGUAUUUGACGGGAAAAUAAAUCCAACCACAUGCGA